GGGCAGCGACGGAUUAGCCGCGCGAGCGAUGCGACUCGUCCGCGCCUCGCACCGUCUCGCUCCCGUUCGCUCUCGAUCUCCCUAACCUACCCGUGUCGUUACGUACUACAUAACCUCUAACACGCGCGCACGCACGCAUAACAUAUUGCGCUCGGAUUCGCGGCGCCGGAGCGAGCGGCCUCGUCGGGCGCGAUGAAAUCGCGGUCGCGCGGAUCCCGCUGGGCGAGACGCGCGCUUCAUCCCCGGGCGCGUCAAGGGAAAAUAAACAAACCCGUGUUUUCAAGCACAGUGUUUUGGAACUGUCGCGUAUCGCUGGCACGCUGGAAAGUGGGACGCGUCUCGCGUUCCAGUUUUCCCCCCCGAGUGUUCGUUCGCAUGACGUCCCGUAUGACCACGGUAAUCGUGCAUGCCCAGGUGGACGGGGCUAGAGGAUCGUAGUGGAAACACCAGUGGGACGACGCAACAACGGCUGCACGACAGUAGUAGUGGCAACAACAAAACUGGACACGGCAACACCGUGCAAUCAAGACGCCGAGACGUACACGCGAGAAACAUAGACCUUGAGGAAUUCGAGCGCUGCGACGGUGCAGAGAGGCUCUAUGUUCUCCACCGUGACUUGGGCGAAUGGUACUUUAGUUUCCCAGAACUUGCUACUGUGGUAUCGCGAGAGGUACACCCAGGCGGCCUGUAAUCCGGACCCACGAAAGCGGCAACAUGCUCAACGAGAUCCAGGCGGCGGUACUAUUCUUAGGUCAACUAAUCGAAAAAAACGAAAAAUUUAGUCCCGAUCAGCUAGAGUGCUUCAAGCGGCACCUGGUCCAACAGCUGAUGGAACGCUUCAGGAACCACUGGUUCCCGGAGAAGCCGUUCAAGGGCCAGGGCUACCGUUGCAUCCGCGUCAACAGCCACAACCGCCGGGACGCGUCGCUCGAGAGCGCCGCGAACGCCGCCGGGGUCAAAUACGAGGAUCUGUCCCUACCGAUGGAGUUAACUCUCUGGGUUGAUCCCAACGAGGUCUGCUGUCGAUUCGGCGAGAGCAAGGGAUCGUACUGCACUCUGGCGUCUUUCGAUGACAAGGAAAACACCGCACCCAUCUUCCAGGACGAACGCGAGAACGAGGCGAGGAAGGACAAGCAGACUUUGGACUUCAACAGUGUACAGAAAUCCGCAUUAACCGCUAGCGCGGAACAGCAGCAGCAGCAGCAGCAACAACAACAACAACCGAAAUCAAAACCGCUCAGCACCGCUAAUCAAAAUCAACAACAACAACAACAACAUAGUAAUAACGGUACAGGUAGGAGGCGUAAUUUGAAUAGUCCUAGAUUGCACCUGAACAGAAAUCGCUCGUGGUUCGGUCACUCGUUCAACAUGGGCUACGGUCCGCACCCGAUCAGCCAGCCGUGGUACAACAUAAUGCCCCCGCAUUUCCUCGGCGGUCCCUCCCCGCCGCCCUUCAUGGGCCACCGGGGGAACAAGUGGAUACACCCGCCCUCUUAUCCCGCGGGACCCACCCGUUUCCACCACUGGUCUCCCAAAGCUGCUCUCAAAGUAUGAAGACCCUCGCUUUAAACUCGAGAAAAAAAAAA